AUCUCUUUCAUUAGAAAAUAUAAAGAGAGAGGCCACUUUUAUAAAGAUUGGGAUCGUAGUUCCUUUGACAACCACCCAUAUAAUAAUACUCCCCAGCACCCAAAAAGACAACACAAACUUAGAAAAAUGGAAGAAGAGAAGAGAUUGGAGCUGAGGCUGGCUCCUCCCUGCCACCAAUUCACUUCCAACAACAAGAGCAAUGGAUCUAAGCAAAGUAGCUCGACCAAAGAAACAUCAUUAGUAUCCAAUAACAGGGCUGACGCAGCACCGGUGGUGGGAUGGCCGCCGGUGAGAUCAUCCCGGCGAAACCUAGCGGCACAGCUAAAGGAGGAGAUGAAGAAGAGGGAGAGUGAUCAUGUAGAGAAAGAGUUGUACGUAAAGAUCAACAUGGAAGGAGUUCCCAUAGGAAGAAAAGUCAACCUCUCAGCUUUUAACAACUACCAACAGCUUUCACAUGCCGUUGACCAACUCUUCUCUAAGAAAGAUUCGUGGGAUCUAAACAGACAAUACACUUUGGUCUACGAAGACACUGAAGGAGAUAAAGUUCUGGUCGGAGAUGUUCCGUGGGAGAUGUUUGUAUCGACCGUGAAGAGGUUGCAUGUUUUGAAGACCUUCAACGCCUCCUCGCUCUCACGUAAGACUACCUUAGUGCUUACGAAAUUCUUUGCUUACAUCCCACUUAUAUCCAAAACAAAAUAUAUGUAUCUUAAUUCGUGUUGUUGUUUUAUCCCAGCUAGAAAACAUGUCAAGGAAUAGAGUGAGGUUGGCCAAAAUCAUCAGUUCCAUGAUAUGUUUUUAAAUGUAAUUUUUGUGGAAACUAUUAGGGUUUGGUUAUUAAACCCAAAAAAAAGGGGGUUUGGCUUGAUUUACUGUGUUUUUUUUUUUUUAAUUCGAAUUUAGCUUAACAACUUAUGUUCUAGGUUUUUGCUUGCUACGUUUUUGUUGUUGUUGUUGUUGUAAAUAUGCUGUUCGUUCCAGUAAUCUGAGUUAUUAUGUUUAUCGUGUGUAUAAAAAGCAGUGGCACUGUAAAAUAGACGAAUUUCUAUUU